AUAGAUACUGAUAGAGAGAAAGAGAAAGAGAGAGGGGGGAGAGAGAGAAGCAAGAUGCAUAAGCAUAAGCCAUGUAAUUUAUAGCUUUCUGUUUCUCUAUGCUGAGAUCGAAUUCUUUCUCAUGAUUGAAUCUCACCGGAAAAUAAAUACUAUCCCGUCGAUUCCCAAUCUCCGGUAACCGAAAAUUCCGCUCAUCGUCGCCGGAGCGAGCUCCUGCCUCGUCAUCUGAGUCCAGGAUGGGAAGCGUAAGUAAUAGCGUAGAGACUGUAAAUGCUGCAGCCACUGCCAUCAUCAGCGCGGAGUCCAGAGUUCAACCCCAAACCGUUCCGCAGAAAAAACGUUGGGGUGGCUGCUGGAGCCUAUAUUGGUGUUUUGGAUCUCAGAAAAGCAGCAAGCGAAUUGGCCAUGCUGUUCUUGUUCCUGAACCUGUUGCACCAGCAGGCCAAGAUAAUACAACUGCACCAAAUACUUCAAAUGCCAUUGUAAUGCCAUUCAUUGCACCUCCCUCUUCUCCUGCAUCUUUCCUCCAAUCUGAUCCUCCAUCUGCUACACAAUCACCUGCUGGAUUACUCUCACUCACCUCUCUUUCCAUAAAUGCUUACUCUCCUGGUGGACCUGCUUCCAUGUUCACUGUUGGUCCUUAUGCCUAUGAAACCCAGUUAGUCUCACCACCAGUAUUUUCUAACUUCACAACUGAACCAUCUACUGCUCCUUUCACCCCCCCUUCUGAGUCUGUGCAGCUGACAACACCUUCAUCCCCUGAGGUGCCAUUUGCUCAAUUGUUGGCAUCUUCAUUGGACCGGGCUCGUAGAAAUAGUGGGACUAAUCAGAAGUUUACAUUAUCCAAUAAUGAAUUUCAGCCUUACCAGCAGUAUCCAGGAAGCCCAGGUGCUCAGCUUAUAUCACCAGGUUCUGCCAUUUCAACUUCUGGCACGUCUACUCCAUUCCCUGAUAGACGUCCUUUUCUUGAGUUUCGCAAAGGAGAAGCACCAAAGAUAUUGGGCUUUGAAAACUUCUCCACUCGUAAAUGGAGUUCAAGGCUUGGAUCUGGAUCGUUGACCCCUGAUGGCACUGGGCAAGGUUCAAAACUAGGUUCUGGAUCUUUGACACCUGAUGGUGUUGGACUAGCAUCACGGCUGAGUUCUGGUUGUUUGACACCUGAUGGUAUGGGGCAGGAUUCUAGAUUGGGUUCUGGCUCUUUGACACCUGAUGGCAUGGUGCCUACUACUCGAGACUGCAUAUUUGUGGAAAAUCAGAUUUCGAAGGUAGCAUCACUUGGCAAUUCAGAGAAUGGAUUUCAAACGAAUGCAGCAUUAGUUGACCACAGAGUCUCAUUUGAAUUAACUGGGGAAGAUGUUGCACGCUGUCUUGCCAAUAAAUCAGGGGUAUUGAUUCGAAACAUGUCAAAGUCUUCACAGGGUAUAUUGGCUGAGAGCCCUUUUAAUGCAGAAAAAAUGCAAAAAGACACCAUCCGGUGUGAUUUAUGUUCAGGGGAAACUUCUAAUGAUGUGGCUGACAAAGCUCCUGGAGAAGGGGGCCGCUUCUGUCAGAAGCACCAUUCUGUUACUUCUUCCAAAGAAUUUAAUUUUGACAACACAAAAUGCGAUGUUUCUGAUAAUCCUUCCAAUGGUUCUGAGUGGUGGGUUAAUAGGAAGGUUGAUGUUAAGGAAGGUAGAUCAAGCAACAGUUGGGCUUUCUUUCCAAUGCUACAGUCAGAAAUCAGAUGAGGAUGAUCUUUUUUGCAACAUCAUCUGACCUUGUAUGGUUUAAAGGCUAAAUGGGUUUUCAUUACUGAAUUAUAUUAGCUUACUAAAUGCAAAUCUGAAGAUCACACUAUUUCAAAAACAGUUCAUCAGCCUUUGUGUUAAUGGUGUUAGAUGGAUAAUAGAUGACAGAGGUGAAAUAGCCAUUGUGAGAAAAAAACCCUUUAGGAGUUAGUACCUUAGGUGAAUGCAAGGGGAGCAUAGUUAGUAGGAACCACUACAGUUGGUUCUAAAUUCUGAUAGAGCAUUAGAAUUUGGCAUUUGAUCCUUUGAAGUAUACAUAAAUAGCAAAGUACAGGUAUUUUCUUCUGUGGAUUAUUGUAUCAUUUCAUGUGCAAUAAUGAGGAUAUUUUUUCUCUUUUCCCGUUGAA